GGGGAAAAGGAAAAAAAAGAAGAUUGGCAACAGUUGGUAGCUCAGGUGCCAAUCUUUAAAAAAAAAAAUUCACUUCUAUGACUACUUUUCUUGGCGUUUCUCCCCCACAAAAGAGCUUGGCUCUUUUCAUAUACUUAUUGGCUGCUUAUGUAUCUUCUUUGGAGAAAUUUCUAUUCAGAUCCUUCACCUUGUUUUAUAAUCGAGUUGUUCAUGUUUAUAUUAUUCAAUCGUAAUAGCUUUUUUAAAAUUCUAGAUAUAAGUCUCUUAUCAGAUGUAUGAUUUGCAAAUAUUUUCUCCUAUUUGGUUGCCUGUCUUUUCAAUUUUUUGUAGUGUCCUUUAACACUGAAGGUUUUAAAUUUUGAAGUCCAAUUAAUCUAUUUUUCUUUUAUUUGCCAGUCCUUUUCUUGUUACAUCAAAGAAACCAUUGCCAACUCUGAAGUCAUGAUGAUAUACCCCUACAUUUUCUUCUAAGGGUUUUAUGGUUUUAGUUCUUUGGUUUUUGACCCUUUUUAGUUAAUUCGUGUACAUGGUGUGAGGUGUGGAUCUGACUUCAUUCUUUUCCAUGUGGAUGUCCAGUUGUCCCAACACCACUUGUUGAAAAGAUUAUUCCUUCCUCAAUGAAUCGUCUUGGUAGCUUUGUCAAAGUCAGUUGGCCAUAGUUAUGUGGAUUUAUUUCUGGACUCUCGGUUAUGUUCCAUUGAUCCAUAUGUCUGUCCUUUUGCCAGUGCCGCACUGUCUUGAUUACUGUAGCUCUGCAGGAAGUUUGAAGUCAGGAAGUGUGUCAUUGGGUCCGUCAGCAUCCUGCUGAGCCUCGCUGGUGGGCCGCCUGCUGCCCUGUGGAUCUGGAAACCCCCAGAGGAGAGAGACUCCUGCACUGUUGUGAGCAUCCUCACAGCCCUGAGGCCAGUCUACUCAUGUGGCAGGUGCUCGCUGGUUGUUAUUAACCAAUGAUUUGCACAGAUAUUGAGGCUUCUGCGCUACAAAUAUGGCUACGUGUCACGGGCCUUGAGAUAAACUAGGGUUGCAGGGCCCCUUGACCACUUGUUAUUUAUAUGAAUCAACAUCAUCCCUUUCAGAAAACUGUGUGUCAAUCAGGAAAAUCAGACACAGCUGAAGUUACGUCGCGUCUGAAUAAAUCAGAAGAAUUGUUCCAGUCUUGAGCUGCUGACACUCUACUGCGUUGACUGUCCCAUGAGACAGAUGAUUAUUGGUCAGAAGUUGAAAAUACGUGCUGACUGAUUGAGUUGGAGGCUUGGGACCAGUGGCUGUUUCUUCUGUGAAGUUAAGGACCACUGUAAAUUAACCACGGCCCCUCUGUUGGUUCCCUUGCAAUUUCUAAGACUAAUUUCUAUGUGUCACAUUCUGAACUUGGUCACUAAGAUAAAUAGUGAGACUCUCCUUGUGCGUGAUGUUUUCUCAGCUCUACAUGCUGGGCACGUUGGAAACAGAGCCCCAGCAGGUGCCCUGUCCAUCCGUUGUGGGCCUUUGACCCCGCAGGGGAAGGUGUCAGCUAAAGUGAGCUCUCCGCGCCUCGUCACCCACUGCCAGGGGCCCCGCUGAGGCUCGGGUUGGGGUGGGGACUGCCAGCGCUGACUCUCUCAGACUCUCUGUCCUCAAGGGCGGGACGGUGUGUCCCUUGACCCUGGGCGCCCAGCAGCAGGCUCAGCACUUGAAACCGGUGGUGGAAAAACCCACCUCAUCAGGCCAACAUCAGCGGCGAAAGUCAGGGGGACCAUGUGUCUCCUGAUAGGACGAGAUGAGGACGGCAGCGCACCUCUGUAGUGUGUCUCCCAAAACCCACCCCCUGGUGUGAUCGUGAGAAAAACAGCGGACAAAUCCCCAUGAGGGCCACUCUGCAGAACACCUGACCAGCUCUCCACAAAGCUGGCAGGGUCGACACAACCACGGGAAGUCUGAGAAACCGCCAGCUAGAGGACCCUGACUGUCCCGUGGAGUCCAGAUGGCAGCCCGGACAGAGAAGGGACACUGGGUGAAAACUAAGGCAAUCUGCACAAACCAUGGACUUUAGCCAACAAACAUAUCAAUAUUGGUUCAUUAAUGACAACCAACACAUCACACUCUGUCCCAUGUCGAAAGUCGGGAAACUGGGUGUGGGGCCUCAGGGACUCUCCAUGCCGUCUUCUCCAAAUUUACGGAAAUCUAACAGCUGUUCUAAAAACUGAAGUCUGUUUCAAACGAAUCGCGUCCUUCCUGCAGGGAUUGGUGCACUCAGCUCUCCUCUGAGAUCCGCCGGGGGAGAGACCCUUGGCAGAGGAGCUGUCAGCUCACGCGUUCACAUGGAGGCGGCCACCUGGGAUCCUGACCCCUGGGGCCACAGGCGCCCUGGCCCUUCUGUGCCCACAAGGCCCCUGUUUACCUCCAGGUGGGGGUAAUUAAUCCCCUAGAGCUGGGCCUGGGGGGGCUCCGAGCUCCCCAGCACCUCAGGUCCACCCAAGGGGACGGACUCCACUUAAAGGUCCGCAGCACACAAAGGAGACACUGACCUGGGAGAGACGGCUGCAGCCUCACACUGCGUCUCGUUUCCACCAGAGUAAGAACAUCCCGUCUUUUCGUGAAGAUGUGGGCAUCUCACGUGUAGCCGGGAGCCGAGCGGGCAGCCCCUUCAUUCCCAGUGAGCAGCUGUCCAUCACGGCCUCGCCCCUGCCCUUUGGACUGCCUGCCCUAAUUUUCCCUUUGCUGGUUCUGAACGGACAUUUGCUUGUGCCCUGAGCUGUUUUAUGGUGGGAAAAUGACAUUCAACUCGCUUUGCUGGUGGCCUUUGCGGCUUCAGUUUGAGGUGGCAGAGCCCCCAGGGAGCUCCGCGCGUCUGCUGGGCUGCCGCCUGUCUGCGCAGAUCAGAGCAAAGGAGACCCCAGCAGCGUGGCCUGGUCUCUAACAAGGUGCGGAGAGCCAGCACCCCCGCAGAGGCCGUCCGCCGCCCCAUGCCUCCCUCUGCCGGGCGGCUGUGUCCAGACACCCAGCCUCACGAUGGCCACAGACAACCGCACGGCCGUGGAGGAGUUUGUCCUGCAGAGCUUCUCACAGGCCCCUGGGCUGCAGGGUCUCUUCUUGGCCUUGUUCCUCCCCCUGUACCUAGGGGCUCUCGCAGGAAACACGCUCAUUGUCGUGGCCAUCAGCCUGCACCCGGGCCUCCACACCCCGAUGUACUUCUUCCUCACCAACCUGGCCGUCCUGGACAUUGUCUGCACGUCGACUGUUCUCCCCAGAUUGCUGGAGAACCUGGUGGAGAAGGGAGGCACCAUCUCCUAUGGGGGCUGCAUGACCCAGCUCUUCUUCCUGACGUGGUUUCUGGGGGCCGAGCUCCUGCUGCUCAUGCUCAUGGCCUAUGACUGCUACGUGGCCAUCUGCCGCCCGCUGCACUACCGCAGGCUGAUGAGCUGGCCCGUCUGCGCCCUGCUGGUGGGCGGUGUGUGGACGGUCAGUGCAUUCAGCACCUUGCACACUGGCCUGAUGACAAGGCUGAGUUUCUGUGGCCCUAAUCAGAUCUGUCACUUUCUGUGUGAAGUCCCCACGCUGCUGCUGCUCUCCUGCAGCCCAACGACCCUGAAUGACAUCACGAUCGUCAUCGCAGACGUCUACUUUGGCGUGGUCAACUUCCUGCUCACCCUGGCGUCCUACGGCUGCAUCAUCGCCAGCAUCCUGCGCGUCCGCUCAGCCGCGGGCCGGCGGCGGGCCUUCUCCACCUGCUCCUCGCACCUCCUGGUGGUCACCUUGUGCUACUCCACCGUCGUCUACACCUCCAUCCUCCCGGGCUCUGGCUCCUCCAUGGAAAACGGCAAAGUGGUUGCCUUGCUGUACACAGCAGUCAGCCCCACCCUGAACCCCCUCAUCUACUCUCUGCAGAACAAGGACAUCAAAGUGGCCCUCAGGAGGGUGCUUCCUGCGUCCGGCAAAGGAAGGGAAAGGCCCAGGUGGAAUUUGCAGGUGUCAACCAGCUAACUUCAAGAUAGGACUUGGAGAGUGUGCUGCAAUAGCCCAGAGCAGGAAGGUGCUAAUGGGAUGGGUGUAUGCAGGAUGUGCCUCCCCAGGGAGCUGCCUGCGUUCCACGUGGCCCUUUAACCAAGUGCCUGAGGCCCGAAGGGUGGAUGC